AACCCGACACUACCGCCGUAACCGGUCCCCGUACCCUUUGCGCCCCUCCCUCGAACCCUUCACUCCUUCCCCGUCCGCCCCACCCGUCUCUCUCUCUCCCAGCAUGAACAUCCGACGAGCGACCAUCGGCGAUCUCAUGGAGAUGCAGAACUGCAACAUCCACAACUUGCCAGAGAACUACACGAUGAAGUACUACCUUUACCACGGCCUCACGUGGCCCCAAGUCUCGUUUGUCGCCGAGGACCACAAGGGCCGGAUAGUCGGCUACAUCCUCGCAAAGAUGGACGAGGACGCGACUGAGGACCCGCACGGCCACGUCACGUCCAUCUCGGUCCUGCGCAACUACCGCCGCCUCGGCCUCGCCAACAAGCUCAUGCAGCUCUCUCAGCACGCGAUGAAGACGGUCUACGGCGCGUCGAUGGUGAGCCUGCACGUGCGCAAGACGAACCGGGCCGCGCUCGCGCUCUACAAGGACACGCUCGGGUUCGAGGUCGUCAAGAUCGAGAAGGGCUACUACCAGGACGGCGAGGACGCCUACUCGAUGCGCCUCUUGCUGUAGCUGUGUCGCGCACCUCGCAUCGAUAGACUGAAAAAUGAGCGAACGGGCAUUAUGCAGGAG